CUCAAGCCCUCAUCGGGUCUAGCCAGGCCUAUGUAGAUGUCUCCACUGGCUUGGCUGGGACUGGUCUCUUCUGAGCUAUGUAGUGUAAACCUUUUUUUGCUGCUUGCUGGAUCCGUGACAGCUGAUCUGGGACCUCAGCUGUGAUUUCUUUUGGACAACCCAUGAUAUUUAUUAUUGUGCCAAGUUUCUACAAAUAAAAGAUGGGCGGAUUAUUUUCUCGAUGGAGGGCAAAACCUUCAACAGUAGAAGUUCUAGAAAAUAUAGAUAAGGAAAUUGAAGCACUGGAAGAAUUUAGAGAAAAAAAUCAGAGAUUGCAGAAAUUAUGGGUUGGAAGAUUAAUUAUCUAUUCUUCAGUUCUUUAUCUGUUUACAUGCUUAAUUGUGUACUUGUGGUAUCUUCCUGAUGAGUUGACAGCAAGACUUGCCAUGACACUCCCAUUUUUUGCUUUUCCUUUUAUCAUCUGGACCAUAAGAACUGUGCUUAUUUUCUUCUUUUCCAAGAGAACAGAGAGAAAUAAUGAAGCAUUGGAUGAUUUAAAAUCCCAGAAGAAAAAGAUUCUUGAAGAAGUCAUGGAAAAAGAAACUUAUAAGACAGCUAAGUUAAUUCUUGAAAGAUUUGAUCCAGACUCAAAGAAAGCAAAGGAGUUUGAGCCGCCAUCUGCUGGAGCAGCUGUAACUGCAAAACCAGGACAAGAGAUUCGUCAGCGAACUGCAGCUCAAAGAAACCUUUCCUCAGCACCAGCAAGCUCUACUCAGGGCGCUCCUCCACAAGUUCCAGUAUCUCCUGGGCCAUCAAAGGAUGCUUCAGCUCCUGGGGGACCUCCAGAAAGGACUGUUGCUCCAGCUUUACCCAGGCGCCUUGGAUCCCCUGCUACUUCAGUGCCUGGAAUGGGCCAUCAUCCUCCAGGUCCACCCUUAGCAAGACCCAUUCUCCCCCGAGAACGAGGUGCUCUGGAUAGAAUUGUUGAAUAUUUAGUUGGUGAUGGUCCACAGAACAGGUAUGCUCUCAUAUGUCAGCAGUGUUUGUCCCACAAUGGCAUGGCUUUAAAGGAAGAGUUUGAAUACAUUGCUUUUCGAUGUGCCUACUGUUUUUUCUUGAAUCCUGCAAGAAAAACCAGACCUCAAGCUCCACGACUUCCAGAGUUUAGUUUUGAAAAGAAGCAGGCAGUGGAAGGCUCAAGUUCAGCUGGUCCCAUGUCAUCAGAAAGUGUACCCUCACCAGAGAGCCAGUUCAGUGAAGGAGGAACAAUACCUCAGAUGUCUCAUUUUCUAUCUGAAAUCUCCGGAAUGAAGUCUAACUGGCUCAAAGUGAACCCCAGUAAGAAUCUUUAGAAGAACAAGAUGUUCUUGGUAAUAGUACAGAGCAGGAAGACGACAAAAUACCAGAGGCAGAGCAGACAAGCCAAGUGAUUGAAAAAACAUCUGGUCCAGAGGAUCCAGAGGCGAAGCAAGAAGAGACAGAGAAUGAGGAAACGUCAACAAAUGAAGCCAAGUCAACAGUUCUCACAGCUGAUUCUGUUUCUAAUCUUGAACCAAGUGGAGACUCUUUGGUGACACAGUAGUAAAGAACUCCAUGUGCCUUCUACUGGACAUUUGUAGUCUUGUUGAUGUCAGCUACUGCUUUUUUUUUCUUUGUGGUACUCAAAAAAAUGCCUUUUAGAUAUAUGCUUAAUACUAUUCAAAUUCAGAUUGCCUAGCAAGUUCAGUGUGUUCAAGUCCUGUCUAUUGGGCAUUGAAAAUAAAAGCAUGUGGUAUCACUGAAUGUGCAGAGACCCACAUAGCUAUUAGAUAUUUUGUGCAUUCUAAAGUUUAAAAAAAAGCAUUUUUGUUUUCUACACCUAUAACUUGUAAAUAAUACCCAUUUUGACAUAGGAACAAUUUUGGCUAGGAAUAAUUUCUUUAAUGGUGUUUAAGGAUUGAAACAUAAUUAAGAUUUUGAAUACUUCAUCAUUGAAUUUUAACUCCUGAGAUAUUUGCCAGUGGGAAGGAUAUAUCUAUUUAGGUGUUUACAUUAAGUGAUACUGAAAGCUGUAAUCUUAAUUACAUAGGCAUUGGUACGAAUUGUCAAUAAGAAUGCAACUGAACAGUCAAGUGCAGUAUUUCUUUUGAUGUCUUUCAUUUUGCAGCUGGGCCAAAGGCAUGUGAUGUAUAUAGUUAGUUUAUGUUUACAUAUUAACAAAUAGGACUAUGUCUGCACUUGACUGUACUUGAAUUCUUGGUAUUAUUUAUAUUUGUAAAAUAAUGAUAUAUAAAUGAAUUUGUGUGUGCGUGUGUUUUGGAAAAUAAAGAUGACCUGGCAAUGUUUUUUCUUGGUUAAAUAUCUAGACUUCUUCACAUAGUGUUUUAAUGGAUGACUAGCCAUCUGAAAAAAAAAUCUUGGUAGGGAGAGUUCACUGUAUGAUAAAUACAUAGUAAAUUAUGUUUUUGUUUUUCAUUUAGAUUUUCAAAUUCAGAGAAAUAAGAAAUUUGGUGUUUUUAAUCAGAAGUUAAAAUGUUCUGAUUUUGAAACAUUAUGCCAUUUGUAGUUUUUAACUUUGAGAGACAAAUAUGUUUUUGAACUAGGCAGUUAGCUGCUAAUGAAGCUCGCUGGAUUGAGUAUGUAUAGCAAGGAGCAGGUGUGAAGAUUUUUGAUAUAGACUAGUUAAUCUUAAACACAAUCCGAUAAUUGGUUCUAGCUUCCUUUGCUGUGUCUUCUCCAAUAUUGAAACAAUUAGAAGUGAAGUUAUUAUGCCAUAGGGGAGACAUGUUAGCAUAGUGUGUCUGGUUUAAAUUAAAUAUACUUUUAUCAUUUAAAAGUUUAUUUUUAGAUUUAAUAUCUCAUCUGACAUAUAUUAAAGAACCUAGUUUGUUAAUAGUCUGAGACAUUUUAGUUUGGUGCCCAUAAAUUCAAGGAUGUGGAACUAGACUUGAAUGUCAGCUUUGUAAUCCUGGGCAUUUCACCUAACCUCUUCGCAUUUAUUUCAUCUGUAAAAUGGGAAGAAUAAUAUCUGUUUUCCAUAGGUACUGGGAUGAUAAAAAUAGUUUAUAUGAUGUGCCUAGCUUUCUUGCUGGAUAACUAAUAGAUAUUAGAUUACAUGGUAGAAAUUAUUAUUAUUAUUAUUAUUAUUAUUAUUAUUAUUAUUAUUAUUGAAACUCGUGUGAAAUAUGGAAGGGCCAUAGAUUCCUUCUAUGGCAGGUAACGAAACUUAAAAAACAUGAACAUCAUAUAGUUGAGUUGCUCUGGACAGAAACAGCUUUCUGCGUUAAUGUCAUAUGCGUGUGUCUAAAUGAUAGAUUAAAGAAAUGGAGAACUGAAACUAUGAAUUUAACCCUUCUUAAAAAGCUGCGUUUCUUUUUUAUGAGGGUGAAUGUUUCACUUGCAUAUAUGUUUAUGUACUGCAUUUGUGCCAGGUACCUGCAGAGGCCAGAAGAGGGUACUGGAUCCCUUGAAAUGAAAGUUACAGAUGAUUGUGAGCUUCCACAUGGGUGCUAGGGAUCAAACUUGGCUGGAGGAGUAGGAACUGCCCUUAACCACUAAAGCCAUCUCUGCAACUUCAUGUAACAUUUUGUUUUUAAAUUUCACGAGCUCUGUGUGUAUGCGUGAGUGUGUGUGUGUGUGUGUGUGUGUGUGUUGCACCUUGUUGAGUCUUUUUAAAAACAUCUGAUAUACAGUGCUCGAAUAUGAGUACCUCAGAGAAAAGGUGUUUAAUGAUGAAACCGAGGAGAUACUAUAAAAAAAAUCUCCAAAAAGAAAUACAAAGGGAGGGCAAGAGAGAUGGCUCAGUGGUUGGGUGAGUGUGCUCUUAGAGAGUGCAGGAGUUCGCUUCUCAACACCCAGCCUGGGCACCUCACCCCCACCUGGAGCUCCUUCUAUCUGGACUCCUAGGACACCAAAAUCAUGUGCAUUCUCGUCCUCACAGAUACACAUAAUUAAACAUAAAAAUCCAGAUCUGAAAAGGAGGUUAGUAAAGCUAACACAACAGAGAAGUAGUUAGUGUAUUGGAAAUCUCAUUCUGAUGUUAUGACAGUGGCUGAGGAGAAUGAAACGCCCCAUUUCUGAUUAUCAAGACUAGUGUGAAUGAGGGAAGCAAGCUGUCAAGCCAGAGUGAUGGCUCCCCUGUCCACAGUCAACAGUCAUUUCUUAAUGUCCCCUCGUUGUGUCCGGUGUGACCUACAGACAGGGUUUGGCCUCCUCUCCCUGUCUUUCCCCACAUCCUCCUCUCAAUCCCGUAGCCGGGCUUUGUCCCCUUCCCUGCCGUAAGUGUCAGCUUGCAUUGUUUUCUGACCCUCCACAUCUCUCAUGUGUGUCCCUUUGUCUUUCUUUGCUCAGGGUCCUUACUGAAGGGUGUCCUGUGUUCUCCUCAGCUCUCUCCACAGUUGGCCUCUCUUCAACCUGUGUGUUGAGGGUCUAGCAGGGCUCCACUCAGUGAAGACAAAUUCUUCACUCGUUUUCCUGCUUGGCAGCUUGAUUUGCCUGAGUGCUCUUUUAUGAGACAGGGUUUCUCGGUGUAGUUUUGGUGUCUGUCCUGGAUCUCACUCUGUAGACCAGGCUGGCCUGGAAACCCACAGAGAUCCCCCUGCCUCUGCUUCCUGAGUGCUGGGAUUAAAGGUGUGCGCCACCACUGCCCGGCUGGCUGAGCGUUCUUUUUCCUUUGAGACACCUUUUUCCUUUUGGUUCUGGACAGACGCUACCAUUAUCUUCUGGUUUCUUGGUUUUGGUCCUUUGAAUGUUGGUAUUCCCUGGCUUUCACCUCCUGUCAGCUCUUCACUCUGCACAUUUGUUCUCUGGGAGCUCUCAUCAAUGCCCAGGGAUUUAACAAUUACUGUCUAUCUAUGAAUGUCAGCUCUCUAGCUUGCUCUGUUUCGUUUUCUUCAUAGCUCCGUAUUUACUCACCUACUGCCAUGGCAUUAUGAAGUCAGUAUAUUUGAAAAAGAACGCUUAUUCAAACUUGUUUCUCAUUUCACCAAAUAGCAUCAGUAUUCAGGCUAGAAUUUAGAGUCUGUUCCUUCUUCCUUUCCCUCUAUAGUGCAACUGUCCAUCCCAACUUCUUAACCUCCCCGCCCACCCCUCCCCAGAAUAUUGCAGUAUAGCCCAGCUUGGUCUGGAAUUUGUGACUUGUGGCCUCAACUUCCUGGGUGCUGACAUCAUUUCUGUGAGUCACUAUGCCUUGCUCUCUUAAACACCUUACAUUUAUUUUAUUUCCUUGUCUCAUUUGAAUGAUAUUAAUAAUAAAUUUGCAUUGUUCCAUCAAACAACAUCUGCCUGCUGUAUAUAUGUGUGCUUACACACAAGUUUUUUUUUUUUUUAAACAGUCCUGUGAAGAUUUUAUAUCUUGAGUUAUGGGAAAGAAACAAGAUGUAGAGAGAAUAAGCAGUUUUCUCUGAGUGAGUUCUACAUCUGGUAUGUGGAAAUCAGAGAUCUGAAUGUAAACAAAUGACUAAUGGUGACUUUUUCUUGCUAGUCUUUGGAGUUGAACCCAUAGCCUCAUACAUGUUAAGCAUAGCUCUGCUAUUGAAAUAUCCCUGCAGCUCUUAAAAGCCUUACAUUUAAUCAUCAUGGGAUUGCCUUUUAAUGCAUGCCUCCAUGGUCUCAGGUUAUGAAAUCUACCUUUUAAACUGUCUGUCUUCAUCUUGACACUUUCCUAUCCGUUCUAUGCAGUUCAGACCUUUGCUUCUGCCUUCCAUGAUUGCCGUGUUUGAGAGAGAUCUGAACUUAGGGUCUGACCGACACAGCCAGUGCAGUUUCCUCCCUCCUCGGCUCUGACAUCUCUUAGCAUUACAGCUAGUGUCGCUGUCACCUCCCCUCACCACACACAUACUUUCAGUAUAUAUACAUUAUUCUUUUCAGUGCUGAUACAUACAAAGUUUCUCUCAGCCUCCUAGAUGUCCUGAAAUACCUCCUGUUUAUGUAGAUCCUCAAGGAACUCAAUAUAUAGUUGUUGAAUUGGAGUAGCUCCACUUGGAAUCCAAGGUUGGACAGUUUAUUAUUCAUUAAGCUAUGAUUUUUUUAUCAUGUACUCAUUGUGCAUACACGCCUUCACAGUAGAAUCAAGUCUGUAGUUGUGUGUUUAUGUGUGUGUGGGGAGACUGAUUUUAAUUAUGUAAUGAUUGUCAUUAAAGACUAUACACUGAGUUCCAAUGCUGAAUGAUUGUCAGUUUUAGGUCAGGGACAGUGGGCAUCUGAGCCAAGUCAGAUCUAACUUAAUGCAGGAUGAUUCUAUUGAACCACUAAUUUUUCAGUGUUUCAAUUUUGGUAAGUUUAGGACUUCUUUAGCAGCUUUACUUCUCUUUCCAACUGACAGUGCCUAAAUAUGAGAUGACCUGUUAGAUUUUUGUAUGUAUCAGUUGAAGGGAAGAAGGAGGAGGACAGGUGUUUUGAGUGGCUGUGGGUAAUGAAACUGCUGUAGGACAACAGCGAGCGGGGGGGGGGGGGGGGGGGGGGGGGGGGGGGAUAUGUAGAAGACAUUAGAUACAAUUCACAAACUAAAGAACCAUCAAAAAAAUAAUUCAAGUUCCAAGUAAUAAUGAAUCAGAGUAGAAAUGGUUGUGUAUUGAGACCUGUUAGAUCAUAAUUUUAUAAUUUGAUGUAUUUCAAGUUUAUUAAAUUUCUAAGUGUGUUAAUACUACUGGUCGGUGGAUAAAUAUAUUUUAAUUUAGACAGACAUAUAAAUAUGGAAAGGUUAUGUCUUUGGAAACAAUAAAAACUGAGUGCAGAAUUAAAAUGUUAUUUAAUUGAA